AGUGAGUGAGAGCGGCCAGCUGUUUGAAAGCAGCGCACAACCAUCACUUCUGCCGCAUCAGGUGCAAUCAACGUCAAUCAGCGCCAAACCACAAGAGAAUCGUGAGGGGAACGUCAUAUACUUUGACUUUUGAGACCUGAUUCAAGAGAUUGAGGACAGCACCAAAGCAGAGCACAGUUAACAGGAGCCAGCCAACAGAAAAUAUGGGAAGAAAGAAAAUACAGAUCUCACGCAUUCUGGACCAAAGAAAUCGGCAGGUGACUUUUACCAAGCGUAAGUUUGGUCUGAUGAAGAAGGCCUACGAGCUGAGUGUUCUGUGUGACUGUGAGAUUGCCCUGAUCAUCUUCAACAGCACCAACCGCCUCUUCCAGUACGCGAGCACUGACAUGGACAAAGUACUGCUCAAGUACACAGAGUACAGUGAACCACACGAGAGCCGUACCAAUACAGACAUAUUGGAGACGCUCCGUAGAAAAGGCCUUGGUCUGGAUAGCUCAGAGCUUGACAGUGAGGAGAGUAUGCAGAUCACAUCUGACAAGUUUGGUCUGAGUGAAGGGAUGGACCUGUCUGUGGCCCGUCAGCGCUUCUAUCCUCCUUCUUUGCUCACCCCAGAAGCUCAGUUCCUGGUCUCAUCUAGCUGUGAGAAUGGACCACCAAACCCCUCACACAUGGGAGCCCACAGACCCCCCGGGUUCAAACCACUGGGCUCCAGACCAGGAUCUGUCAGUCCAGCUGCUACACACCCUCACAGUGCCUUUAUGUCUCCACACUCAGGUAUUGGCUACUCGGUGUUUGCUCAUGGAAACCUGAACCGGGCUUUGGAGAUGAAGACUCCCCCUCCCGCUCUGGGCCUGGGUCCUGAGGGGCUGAGGGACACCCAAGCCAACCAGGGACUAGGGCCUCGCAACAGCAACCACUCUGCUAGGGGUCACUUAUACCAGGGCUUACAUUCAGGUGGAUCCAUUGUGGCUAUGGGCAAAACAGGACUUUUAGGCCACAGCAUGGGAGGGUACGGCAUGUCUUCCCCUACAGCAUCUGAAUACCAGUCUGGAUUGUAUCACAGUCUACAGCGAGCAGCAGUGAACCAAUGGCAAACAUCACAGCCUCUGCAAGACACCCAUGGGAAUCAUAUAAGUUCGGGGAUGACCAGUGGAGGGUGCUCUUUUCCGUCUCAGCCCUGCUCCUCCACCUCCCCACACCUGCCCUCUCUGAACCGCAGCAUCAAAUCGGAGCGCACCUCACCAGACCACAUGUCCUCGCCUUCCUCUUCUCCUCUGCUCCAGCUCAAAGACCGCUCUCCAAUCAGCAACCCUGAUUCCACUCGGCCUAGCCCACCACACACACAACCGGCCAAUCAGAUGAAGGAGCUCUCCAAAGGUCACGCCCACAGCGAGGAGGAGAUGCUCAGACCAAUGGAGCUAAGUGACACUUGGCAGAGAUAGCUAUAUUCAGUUAUGCCAUUGCUCUCACACAGAUGGAGUGCAGUGGUAACAAAUAGUCCACAGCUUGGACGUAAAAAAUAGAGCUGGUCUCUCAGUGGAGAUUUUUUUUUACUGUUUUGGAUUAAUAAUGGAGAUAGAUAAGUAUGUGUUUUUAAUAAUCUCAAAGGAGUUAAACACCUUUCUUUGUUAAGUUUUUGCUAACAAUUAGACAUGGCGGCAUAGUACCAUCACUCCCAAUCAUAUACAUGCCUUCUCUUCAGACCUAUUCACAAACCUUUACCCAUGCAUUACAUUGACACAAAUGCUUUCGUGUUUCUCUUUCUUCUAUAAGCACAUAUAAGCAGCAAGAACAUAUAAGCACCACAGGGAAACAUGAAUACAAGUCAAUCAAGUGAAUAAAGUAUCUUUUUUCUUAAUGUUUAAUAAUGUUUAAUGAUGUUUAAUGCUGGAUUAGUAGGCUAUACAAUAUUCCUACUUAACCAAACACAAACCACAAGAUCAAACUAAACUGUUAAUUUUGGUUCACCAAAAUACCAAAAUAAGUAAAUGGCGCUUAUUUGCAACUAUCUUAGUAAGGUUUGCAGAAGUAUGCAAUUUAACAAUGUUGCUUUUUCAUUUCACUCUCUUCCUCUUUUACUUCAGCAAACCUGCCAUGACUUUGACUGAUAUCAGGAGGAUCAUCUAGAAUAGUUGAUUUUAUUAAUUUUGUGAGAUUAUGUUCUCUUGCUUUUGCCUUGAAGCUGAUUACACAUUAUGCUGUAGUUUUAAUAUAAAAUUAUUUCAAAAGGGCUAAUAAAUUACAGCUAAAUUAUCUAUGUUUGCUAUGUUUCUUAUGUGUUAUACAAUUUUGUAAUAUAAGGAUUUGUGUUUCUACUAUUGUCACAAGAGGGACCCUGGUGUAGAUUAGGCAUUGUAGCUGAGAUAAUAAAUGGUUCAAUGAGAAACUGUGUGACCAGACUUGGCUUGAGCUUUCACACAAAAAUCUAUCAAGCUGCUCCUCACACAGGCCUGUCUAAAAUAAUGAUGCUGUUAUUAAUUAUUGUUUGACUAUUUUCAGUAUUAUGUGUGACAGUGUGUUUUUCAUUUUAGGCUCAUUUGAUGUGAUUGCUUCAAUUAAAAAAGAGUUUGAUUGGUAAA